GUGUGCGUCUGGUUUUACGCACGGUGAGCGCGCAUUGAUCCAUCGACUCAGACCUGAGUGAGAUCCUGCAGGAGGAAGAGACUCCAACUGAAACCUGCACAAUGUUCGGUAGAAGAUCUUUACUCGUGGCUCUUCUCUCUGUGGCUGUCGGACUUUACCUGCUGCCUUCACCCAUAGACCCCAAACCACAUGUACUGAAGGGGCCCCCUCCGGCCCUCGAGGGGCCUCUGGCUGCAAACACUCGUCUGCAGAAAGGCCGCAGGCUGUUCACCGGUGAACUACACGGACCAGAAUCCUUCACUGCGGAUGAGAAUGGUAACGUGUACACAGGAACAGUGGACGGGAAGCUGUGGAGGAUCGGUCCUGACGACAGCCUCACCCUCCUCACACAGAUGGGACAGAAGCUUCCCGAAUGUGGCAGCAGCACAGACUACGAGCUGCUCUGUGGUCGUCCUCAUGGCGUUCGUCUGGAUCGCAGCGGUCAGCUGAUCGUCGCUGACUCAUACUUUGGGCUUCACAGCGUCGACCCUCAAACUGGAGAAAAGACGCUGCUGCUGCCGAAUUCUCAGGGUGCUGACGGCGUUCCCUUUGCGUUUCUUAACGGGCUGGAGAUUUCUCGCCAAACUGGGAUCAUUUACUUCACCGACUCGUCCAGUCGCUGGGGACGCAGACACGUCAAACUGGAGGUGAUCGAGCUGAACAGCCUCGGUCGUCUCCUCGCCUUCGACCCUCAGACAGGAAGUGUGCAGGUCCUGCUCGACUCGCUCUACAUGCCCAACGGAAUCGUCCUGUCGCCUGACGAACACUUCCUGCUGCUCGCCGAGACCAGCAUCGGACGCAUCCUGAGAUUUUGGCUGAAGGGCCCGAGGACCGGCACCAAGGAGAUCAUCAUGGACAACAUGAUCGGUUACCCUGACAACAUCCGCCUUAGUGACCACGGAACAUUCCUGGUUGGCAUAACGACGCCACGGUUCCGGAAGCUCGUGCCUCCGUUCUUGGACGCGAUCGCUCCGUACCCGGCAGUGAAACGCUUCCUGGCCAAGGUGAUUCCUCUGAGCUGGUACGGCCUCCUGCUGCCGCGCUACGCUCUGGUCCUGGAGCUGGGAUUGGACGGCGAGCUCGUGGGAUCGCUUCACGACCCCGAAGGUCGUCUGACGUGGGCCAUCAGCGACGUCUUCCAGCACCGAGGGAGGACGUACCUGGGCAGCACCGACCUGCCGUUCCUGCCCGUCCUGGAGGGCUGGGACAGCUGAUGAUGGAAAUCAGAGUUUUCUAGACGUCCCUCUCAGCUCAGUUUUCCAGGACAGAUAAGACGUUCAGAUCGCAGACACCCUGCGGAGGACUCUCUGUUUAUAUCAUGGACCUCGUUCUUUUGGUCUCUACACUGGACAUUGAGGUUUCUCCACAGUCACUUUGUCGCCCUCUGGAGGACUUGCAAUCUGCAACUCCACCACUAGAUGUCACUAAAUCCUACACACUGAAUAUUUGACUCAAUAACAAUGUUAGGGUUUCUCUUUUCUAAAUACACUUAAUCAUUUAAUAAUAUGAUAUAUGUCACACGUAGAGUUUGUAUAUAUAGUUCAGUUAUUUUGUUAUUUACACUUUCACUUAACUAGACUCUAAUUUUUUCUCGAUUUUAAAUGAACCCUGUAAAUGUGAUUUUUAAACGUUUUUAAACUCAUUGGAAUGUGAACUCUUCGUACUGUGAUG